AUGAUCCGUAACGCGUUUGACCAUUUCAUGCAGACAAGUCCCUCAGCAUGGGAUCUCGAAGAGUGCUUUGUUAUAUAUCGUUCCGCUGAUGCAUCACUCUCGAUUCACGAUGUUACUACCAAGAUCCAACAAGACUUGACACGCGUAGCUGAACUUCGACCGCAUCUCACUAAUAAAGCAGAUUCCCUCUCCGCGACUUUAAAGAUACUUGAUAACAUAUCACGCAGCGAGAAGACUGUGCUGACAACCGUGAAAAUUGCUGACCGUUGGGAAUCAAAUGGCAAGGUCACUGUGAAUCAAUAUGGAAGUCAAAGUACAUCAUCAGGCGAACCAUUAUCCAAACGCAAGGUCCACGAUUCUACUACGCCGCUUCGAUUUCGAUUGGAUCAGAUCAUGUUACUAUCAGCUGAGUUAGAAGCUGGCAAUAUUGAUUCGGAUGAACGAACGGAAGCUUGGCUCAUUGGAAGAAUAUGGGGUAUGGUCGAUAAGGCGUUUAAUGAUCUGAAGUUGUUUGACGUGAGCAGAGGGGAGAAGAGCUGCCAAGCUUCGUCAGUGAGGAAGAACAAGAGCCGUGUGCCUCAAGGUGCUGAUGCAUUGCAACGCAAGAAGAUGGGACGACGGCUAGAUAUCAUAUUGAAACGGUUGAGACUCGAAGGAGAGGGACUUGAAACUACCAAAAGUCUUGAAGGACAUGUUGUCGUCGUUGAGGCAGCAUACAUCGGAGAAGUCUAUGGCAAACGUGACGGUAGUUGGAAUGUUGCAAUACGGCCUAAAGAUGUCCUUGCUGUUGAUGGAUAUACCUGUAUUUUACACCUGUCGCGUCUCAAGGACGCAUACUGUUGCUGUCCCCAAUUGCGAAGAACAUCUUGGAUCAUUACGAAUCGUACUGUACAUGGCAUGGUGCGCAAAGAUCAUCAUACGACGUUCCUUAGAAGCAUUGAACUCCGCCGAUACCGAUUCUGA